AUGUCGGAAAUUAAUGAGAUUCUGGCUACUACGACUCAAAUAAGUGACAAUAAUUCUACUUUAAAUGAGAGUCAUAACAAUGAAUCAGGGGUAGAUCCAAGCCCUGGUUUUGAAGAACCAUACGUUG